AUGGCUGCUUUGUCAACCGACACUGUUCCCGUACCGAUCAAUUCAAAUAAUAACAAUCAAACAUCAAACGCUAAAAAUGUUAUCGAGACGUUUUUUUGUCGAUUCACUCAACAUGACGAUCGCCGAACGUCUGCAGAAUGUAAAUUGUGCCACAAGGUGAUAUGGCACCACAAAGGUGUUACAUCAAAUUAUUCGCGACAUGGCCAGCGGCAUCAUAAAAACGAAUUUGAACAGUGGUCAACGUCUUUGAAACAAAAAAAUGAUAAACAAAAUGAUAGAAAGCAACCAAAAAUCGACGAGGCCUUCAAUCGUUCGACAAAAUACGGAAGCAGCCAUCCACGCCAAAUCGAAAUAACUCAUGCUAUUGUUAACGAUAUGAUUAUUGACCUUGGCUUACCGCUAUCAAUCAUAGAACGUCCUGCAUUCAUUCGCGCGAUGAACAUCAUUGAUCCCAAAUAUAAAUGUACAAGUCGGUGA